CUGAACCAAACAACGAAGCGGCGCGAACGAGCAUUGUGCGAAAAAUUCUUGUGCAAAACCGAAGUGAAGUGAUUUACCAAAAAAGAAAUUGUCAAAAAAAUACAUUGUGCUAAGUAUUAUUAAAUAAAUCACGCUACAAAUAUCUGAUAAAUACCUCAGUGAAUACCAACAUUAUAAUAUUCAACAAAAAUAAUACAAAUGUUUAGCAAAUAAACAUCUACACAGAUGUUAAUUUCACAACUAUCGUAUAUUGCAUAAAGAAAAUAAGGAGAAAAAAGCACAUUACAAGUACAGAAAACGUUGAAAAGCGUCUAGAAAUUGGAGGAUAUUUUUGUGGAAAUUCUCUAGUCUAGAACAAGCUACGGAUAUUGGAAUAUCAUUUAAUAUUUUCAUUAAAUUGACAACAAAUUCAACAUGUACAAGACCAAAAAAGAAGUUGACGCUCAUGUACGCACCGCAUUGUCCAAAAUUCGCACGGAGACAGAGCGCCACUUACGCAGUUUCACCAUUGCAAAACUUUACUUUAAAGUCAACGAGUUCGCUACAGCCGAGCAAUACCUUUGUUCUUAUUUGAGCGUCAAAGAAGACAAUGAUCAGGCUCACAAGUUACUCGGCCAGUGUUAUCAACGCCUUAAAAAACCUGACAAAGCUUUACAAUCUUUUCAACGUUCCUUACAGUUGAAUCCCAAACAAUCGGACGUUUUGGCCGAAGUUUGUCAAUUACUGUUGGAGGAUAAAAACUUGAAUAGCAACAAAGCGAAAUAUUGGUGUGAAUUGGCCGAAUCGGAAAAGGUGCAACAUGAGGCGGUGUUCUCAUUGCGUUUGAAGCUCAUGAACAAAGAUAACCUGGGCACUAAUCAAGUGGAAGAGUUGAUACAAAAAGAAAUCUCGGCCCGGCCAAAUGAUGUACAAUUGAGAGUUAGACUGGUGCGUAAUUACGUGGAAAAGAAUCAAAUAUUAGAUGCCUUCAAGUAUGUGCAUAAAUUGGAGAUGGGUCACAAGGAUGAGUUUGUGACAAGUAGCGAAUGGUACAAUGUUGUUUGGCUGGUAUUGAAUAAAUACGAACAAAUGCCAAAUACAAAGAAAGACUGGGACUUUUGGCUUUUGUUGGCCAUUUGUUUGGAACGUCAGGUUCAUAUAUCAUUCUCCUUGACUACCGGCACCUCCAUUGUUGGUGGUGGUGUUACUGAAACAGCAAAUUUGCUCUUCAACUUGGAUCAAUAUCUAUUUAAGAUUUCUCAGUUGUCGGAUAAAUUCUGUGCUCAAAAGGAACUAGUUGAAUUGUUCCUCGAACAUUAUCGUGGUCAGUUGCUGUUACAUGCCACUUCUUUAAUAUUUAAACGUGAAUUAUUACAAAAUAAAAACAAAUGGAAGGAAACUACUCGCGCUGUGCUGCCUCUGUUAUUGUUGGCCUAUCAAAUCGAUGCACCAGACAACAAAGAACCCUGGAUGAAGCACUGCGAUGAACAAAGUAAACAACUGAUAGCUAUAUGGCAAAGGGAGGGAUCAUUUCGUUGUGCUCAGGUGGGCAGAACUUUACUUUCCUGCAUCAAUGAUGAUCCCACAGUAGACAAGGAAAAUGCUCACAACAUUAAUAAUUUGCUGGGUUCUCAGUCGUCCAGCCUGUGGCAUACUAAUGAAGAACUUUUAGCACAAGUGCGCCAAACCUGCAGUGACCGUCAAUGGAGGCGUAACAUUUUUGCAUUACUCUUCUGUAACAGUGACCAAAAGGUUAAGGAACAAUCUUCACUUUUUUCUAAAAGUUCAAAGUUGAGCGAACCCCUCUACGAAUUGCCAACAUAUGCUGAUGUGGAACGUUAUGAAGACUCUGCCCAGUAUCUGAGACCUCAGUCGUUGCAACACAUGGUCUACUUGUGUCUGGGUAAUGACAACUUGGCUUAUGUAAAAGCCAAAUAUUUUAGUGGUUUGAACUUCUCUACACAAAAUUUGUCAUUCUGUGGAGCCGAAUCCUUAAACCAAUUGGAUGUAGACAGUUUCCUUUACGCAGCCACUUUACAGGCCAAGAGAGCUUUAGAGGUGGAUAGAGAAGCCUUCGAUAAUUAUCAAUCUGGCAACAGUACUGCGUCAGGCAAACCUAAAAUUUUGCCAUUUGUUAAUAUACAAAACCUGUUAUGUUCGGAAGAACAAGCUCAGUGGUGGCAGGCUGCCUAUAUGGUGUACAAAAAUCUUAGCAAUGGCAAUGAUUUGGCAGAAUUAAGGGCCAAUUUGCAGUAUGGCAUUGAAGCUGUUAGAGGCAUUAAUGGCCCAAAAUUAGAUAUGGCCAUUGUAUUUAAAUUGGGACAAUUGUUUGUGGCACGUGCUCAAGACAUUGUAAAGCCCAUCGAAAAGUCAUUCCUGGAAGCUAGAGCCGAAUCAAUCUACAAAUAUGGUUUGAAUAUGAUGAAAAUGCAUUGCAAAGGGGUAUUAGAGCCCUUCCGUAAAUAUUUCAAAUAUGCUAAAGGCCAAACUUCGGCUGCCGAACGCGAUUUAGCAUCUGCGGCUGAAGAUGCCGUUUCAUAUUUGGCCACACGCUAUUUCAAAAAAUCGGAAUACGAGGACUUGAUAGAAGAACUUUCGGGCAUACAACUACCAUUUGCCACCUAUUUGCAGGCAGAGGCUUAUCGCAAACUGGAUGAAGCCAGCAAGACUCCCAAGAAAACUAAGCGCAUGUAUUUAGAUCGCGCCAGCGACUGUCUCAAUCAAACUUUGGCUCUACUCAAAAGCAGUGCUCAUGCUGACCCCAAUCAUCCCCUAAACUCGGUCAUACACAGUGAAAUCAAAAGGCUACAGCAGGCUUCGGCUCGUUAUUUGAACGAUUCCAACACUAUUUUCAGCCCCAAUACAGGACACAAUAACUCUAGCACAUAUGAAGAUGCUGAAGAGGAUUUUUAUGCCGAUAACUCGAUUUUACCGCCAACCUCAGUCAUGAAUUCGACACGUGCUAGACGUGAAACAAUGUCUAAUGCCAAUGCCAUAAUGUCUACUCACAACCUCGAAAUGGAAAAUCUGGUGAAACAAAUGGCCAACACUUUGACCCUGCUUAAAGAUGAGAUUAUGGAGACUCUGAAGCCGGAAUUGCGUAAUGUUACCAAGGAAAUUUCUAGCUUGAAAGACAAAAUCUCAAAUGUUGAAGAUGCCAUGAAGAAAAUAAGAAUUUCUUCCAAUCCCCCCUCCAGGGAUGAUGCAUCGAAUGUUUUGGAUGACUUGUAUCUAAUCGAGGACACAUUGCAGCAGCAGUUGUAUCAGCAACAACAGCAGUCAACUGCCAAUCAAUACGCUCCAAAUGCUGGUAGUGUAGCAAAUGGACCAAACAUGAUGUCUAACUCACCUUUUAUGGCCCAACAACGUUUGCAGGCUGCUGCCUAUAACAGUCCCAUGUUUCCUCCUAAUCCACACAAUUAUCCUAUGAACUUUUAUGGCCAUCCUAAUCAACCCAAUCCCUAUAUAAUGACACCACAACCAGGAGCGCCUCCCAUGAACCAACGAGGUGGUCCCUUACCAUCAUUGCCGUAUUUGGACCCCACUGUACCAGUACCACAGGCAGGUCUUAACUGCAAUAUAUCAGCUGUUUCGACACCGCUCUUACCACCACCUAUCCAGCCUCCUACAGCUAUGGCUGUGGAAGCCAACAGACACAGCAACUUGUACAAUUUGUUGCAGCAACCGCCGGUGUCAAUCACUCCCAAUAUCAGCAACAUAGGAGCACCACCACCAACCAUGCCCACCUACUCAACCACACCCUUAACCCAUACCACAUCCAUGAGCUUGCCUAUGCCUGCUGCAAAUACCACCCCUAUUAAUAUAACACCCACCACUACUAUGCAAUUCCAUAAAUCUUUAAAUAGCCAACCCGUCGAAAAGGGUCCCCCAGCCAAUGUGGUUAUAACCAGCUCUGAUCCUUUGCCCAAUCCCAAUACCAUUCCCUUACAAUCUCAGCAGCAAACACCUUUAAGUGUUACCAUACCCUCUCAUCAUAUCAAACCCAGUUUGGUGAGCCAACCGCCACCACAGCAGGAAAUUGCUCCUUUGGCCAGUAAAGCAGUAACAACCACCUCUAGUUCUACUGCAAAUGCAUUUGGAGUGACUAUUGCUACUUCCACAUUUAGCUUCAAACCUCAGAUUGCAGCAGCUGCUGCCCAAGCGAACAGCACUCCUCAAGGCAACGAAACCCUUAAUAAGACUUCAGAAAGUUUUGGUAGCGAUUUUAAUAGAUCUGGCGCAGAAGACCUUGAGUACGAUCCACGUCCCGACUUUAAACCCAUUAUUCCCCUGCCCGAUGAAAUAGAAGUGCGCACCGGUGAGGAGGAAGAAGAAGUGAUGUUUUGCCACAGAGCUAAACUAUUCCGUCAUUUGGAUAAGGAGUGGAAGGAACGUGGUAUUGGCGAUAUGAAGAUACUCAAAAAUAAGGAAGGAAGUUCUCGUAUUUUGAUGAGACGUGAUCAGACCCAUAAAAUAUGUGCCAAUCAUGUAAUUACACCUGAAUUAAUUUUGACUGUACCCAAGAAUGAGACCAAGGGCUUCAUAUGGGCCGCCAACGAUUUUGCGGAUGAAUCUCUGCAACUGGAGAAAUUCUUUGUGCGUUUCAAGUUGCCCGAAACAGCUAAGCAAUUCCAAGAAGCUUUUAAGAAGGCUCAACAAGAAGCUGAAGAAAAGCCAGCUAUUGGCGUAACUAAAAAAGAAGAAAAGCCCAAAGUUUCCUCUUCAACAACAUCGAAUAUCACGACUCCCUUUUCGCUGGCCAAGUCGAGCGUAACCAAUUUUGUUACCAGCACACCAGCACCAAAGAGCGAGACAGGUUUUGCAGCACAAGGAAAACCCGUAUUUGGACAACCUAUAACUCCAGCACCGGCCACUACAGCUUCAGCAACAACACCAACAUCAAAAUCUUUAUUUAGCGGCUUGAAUUUGUCAACAAAAGCUCCCACAGCCAAUGACACAAUAAACAAACCAGUAACUACUACAACAGCAACUGCUUCUCCAUUUGCUAACUUUACAUUUGGUAAGCCAACAACACCGGCAAGUGUUACUCCUGCUACAAGUGUUGCUAAAACAACCACCAAUACCGCUUCACCUUUCGCUAGUAUCUUUAGCAACUUGUCCACCUCGCCCUUCACCAAUACACCCAGUUUGGCAACUCCAGCUGCUGUUAUACCCACCACCGUAAAUGAAACAGCCAAUGCCAGUAACUUAAACAAAUCUACGGCUUCUGAUAACGAAGAAGAGUAUGUACCCACUGCUCAAUUUAAUCCUGUCAUUCCUCUACCAGAUUUGGUGGAAGUGAAUACUGGAGAAGAGAACGAAUUGGUAUUAUUUGAACAUCGUGCCAAACUCUUGCGUUUCGAUAAGGAAGCUGGCGAAUGGAAGGAACGUGGUCUGGGCAACAUUAAACUGUUGCAAGACAAAGACGAUAUCAAUAAGGUACGAUUGGUCAUGCGCAGAGAACAGAUACACAAAUUGUGCUGCAAUCAACGCAUUUACAAGGACACCUCAUUCAAAUAUGCCAAAAAUUCGAAAACCGCUUUGUCUUGGGCAGGUCAGGACUUUUCUGAAAAUGAGUUGAUUACUGAAAUGUUGACGGUACGUUUUAAACUGCCCGAAACUUGUGCCAAAUUCUUGGAAACCGUACAGACAGCCCAAUCCCGUAUGAACAGUGAUGGUGAAGAGGCCAACUCUAAGGCGAAUGAAAAGAAGGCGGAAUCAGCUGACACUAAACCGGCUAAAGGUUUUGGUGAAGCUUUCAAACCAAAAGCUGGUUCUUGGUCUUGUGAAGCCUGCUAUACUUCAAAUGCUUCUGACCAAUUGUAUUGCGUAGCCUGUGAUAAUCCUAAAGAUAACACUGUGCCCAAAAAGGAAGCCAAUGCCAAUAUUUUGUCCACCAACAGUACAACUAAGUUUAAUUUUGGUUUUGGGGCUGCUUCUCCAGCAGCAGGACAAACCUCAGCUGUUCCUAGUAAGCCAAUAUUUGGAUUUGCUACACCUACAACAGCGCCAGCUGUCACAAAACCUAAUGAGACUAGUGCUUCGGCUCCCGGUGGAUUUGGUGAUAGUUUCAAACCCAAAGCCGGUUCUUGGACAUGUCAAGGUUGUUAUUUAUCUAACACCGGUGAUGCUAUUUACUGCAAGGCAUGUGAUGCUCCUAAAGAUGACACUGUGCCCAAAAAAGAUGCCAACACCAAUAUUCUUGCUUUAUCUAAUCCUUCUCAAAAAUUCAGUUUCGGCUUUGGUUCUCCAGUUGCUGCAGCUAGUGCUACACCAAAACCGAAUGAGGCCAGUGUCCCCGUCAAAGCACCCGCAUCAGGUGGGUUUGGUGAUGCUUUUAAACCCAAAGUUGGCUCUUGGUCAUGUCAGGCGUGUUAUUUAUCCAAUACAUCCGAUGUGCUUUAUUGCACCGCUUGUGAAGCUCCCAAAGACGACACCGUUCCCAAGAAAGACGCCAAUACAAAUAUAUUAGCACUCUCAAAUCCCUCACAAAAAUUCAGUUUCGGUUUUGGUGCUGCUCCCGUCGUUGCUACAGAUAGUGCUAAAUCAUUUACAUUUACACCACCCUCCGCCACAUCCACAACAUUAAACGCAGCACCAACUACAACGGCCAGUGCACCUAUUGGAAAAUCAACAUUUAGUUUUAGUUUAUCCUCUAAAGCUAUGGAAUCGCCUAACAUGACCGGUGCUGGUGGCGAAUCGACACCAAAUGCCUUCUCAUUGGAUAAAAAAGAAUUCAGUUUCACCCUGAAACCCAAGAGUCCUGGUAAAACCGGUAAGAGUCCUAUGAAAUUAGGUGGUGGAGGUGAUGCUGAUGGUGGCGCCGAGGAUGAUGCUGAGGCAGAGUAUCACGAAGAGGAAGAGAAUAAUACGUAUUUCACUCCGGUUAUACCAUUGCCAGAUAAGAUUGAAGUGAAAACAGGUGAAGAAGACGAAGAACUUCUGUAUGUACAUCGGGCUAAAUUGUAUCGUUUCAUUGAAGGCGAAUGGAAGGAAAGAGGUUUGGGCAAUGUCAAGAUUUUACGUCACAAGGAAAACAAAAAAUUACGUGUAGUAAUGAGACGUGAACAAAUUUUAAAAAUCUGUCUAAAUCAUGUGCUCAAUCAAGAUAUUGAGUACAAGCGCAAAGACGACAAGUCUUGGCUAUUUGUGGUUAAUGAUUUCAGUGAGGGUUCUGUUGAAUUGGAAAAAUUCUCUUUACGUUUUAAGACCAAAGAUGUGGCCGAAGAAUUUAUGGCUGCUGUUAGCAAGGCACUUGAUGGAACUGCCGAAGUCAUUGAGUCUUCAGGUAAUACUUCGAUAACAACGCCCACUAAUCCCCAGCCACCGGCACCUUCUGCUUUAGGCAUAAGUGAAGAGGACAAAAAGAAGGCAGAUAAAUUAAAAUUACCCCAUGAAUUCUUUACGACCACCACAACUUGUUCCGGAUGUCGUGGAUGUGAUCCAGAUAAAUUUGUAUUUACAGAUGUUAAAAAUAUUGAAACGUUUGUUCACAAGGAGGAUACCCAAAACCCACUGGAUAUUAUGGAGUUGCCGGCAUUAACCAUAAAGAAGUCAACUGCAAAUCGUACAUUGUUGAAGCAAAGUGCUCUAUCGCCAGCAAAUGUAAAGGCCGAAACUACAAAAAUGAAUGAUAGUAUAUUCUCUGGAUUUGGUGGUGCCAACUCAACAGCUUUUACACCCACAGCAGCAACAGCCGCAGCAACAGCAACAGCUUCUGAAAAGCCAACAAAUACCACAUUUUCUUUUGUGGCAGCUCUUAGUAGCACAACUAAGCCAGCAGAUGAAACCAAGACUUUUGGUACAGCGGGCUCAGGUGGUUUCUUAUUUGGCUCAGCAGCACCAGCUGCUACAACUAAUAUGGGUAGUGGAUCGAUUUUUGGCAGUGGAGCCAAGGACAAUAAAGCCGUUUUUGGUCAAAAAUCCGCGAUAUUUGGUGGAACUGCUGUUGCACCCAACAACAGCAAUACAAAUUCAAAUGACUCAACUGCUUCAGCCGAUAAGACGGCAACAAAGUCUAUCUUUGGUGGCAGUAGUACAACAACUGCUGGUUCAAUAUUUGGUGGCAAAGCUGUGUUUGGAAGUUCACCAUCUGCUUUUGGUGGUGGCUUAACAACUGCUAACGAUACAACCAAAUCGAUAUUUGGUAGUUCUGGCAAUACCACCCAAAGUGGCGGUAAUGGCACUGGCAAUUCCAUAUUCGGUGCCUCUACGAAUACAUCUGGCUUUGCAGGAUUUGGUUCGAAUAAUACAAUAUUUGGUUCAGGUUCCCCGGCUCUACCUGCAUUUGGUAGUGCAGCAAAAGACGCCAAUCUAACACCGUCAUCGGGCGCAGCUGGUGCUACUUUUGCCGAUUUAUCCAAAACAUCAACAGCAGCUUUAGACUUUGCCAGUUUAGCAGCAAAAUCAAAUCCUUCUCAAACUGGUGACAAAUCGGCGCCAACAUUAGCGGAUUUAUCGAAAACCUCAACGGCAUCAGUUGAUUUUGCCAGUUUGGCCAAAUCCAAUUCAAACACUACUACUACUACCUUGACACAGAAAUCAAGUGAAAAACCUGGCCCUGGUGGCUUUAUUGGUUUAACAAAUCACAAUGCAUUUUCAAGUUUCGCUAAACCUCUCAAUGAGUUGGAUUCUUCAGAUAGAAAUGCAUCCGCCACUAAAGUGAAUGAAUCGCAAAAGAGUGAAGGAGGCGCUGAUGAUAAUGAAGAAAACUACGAUCCUCAUUAUGAACCCAUCAUAGAGUUGCCCAAUGAAGUUGUGGUCAGCACUGGAGAAGAGGAGGAAACAAAAUUAUUUGGCGAACGGGCGACACUAUAUCGUUGGGAUGCCACCAAUAAGGAAUGGAAAGAGAGAGGUGUUGGUGAAUUAAAACUUUUAUUGCAUCCAGCCAAACAAAGUUAUCGAUUGGUUAUGCGUCGUGAACAAAUCCAUAAAUUAGUUCUAAAUCAUGCUAUCAAUGGGGACUUCCAUUUCAACAACAUGAAUAACAAUCCCAAAAGUUUUGUUUGGGCUACCUUGAAUUAUGCAGAAUCGAAUGAAGGUGAAUUGGAAAAAUUGGCGGUUCGUUUCAAAAAAGUGGAAUUGGCUGAAGCUUUUAGCAAGCAGCUAAAUGAAUGCAUUACUAAUUGCAAGGAACGUGUGAUCGAUUAAAUCGAUUCGGCUUACAUAAUUUUAUUUAAGAUAAACAAAACAAUAACCACAAACAUAAGCAAACAAUACCCAAUUGUUAUCGGUUGCAAAAAACACACACUUAGUUUUAAAAUAAUUCUUAUAGAACUUAAGCACCUUUUUCGCUAUGUUUUUGUUUAAUUUUAUUUCUUUUAAUAAUUGUAUUUACUAGAUAUAAUAUAUUUUGUAAUUAUAAAUUUAUGUUUAGUAUGUAUUAAAAUAAAUUAUAUAUUUUCUCGGGCUACCUCUUUUUUUUAUACACUGCUGUUGGUCUGAGAAAUUUUCAUUCAUUUUCAAUAAAUGUAUCAAUUUAUUCAAAUAUUUUUAAAUAAUUUAAAUUAUCUUUAUAUUUUUUCAUUAAUAUACCAUGUUUAGAAAACAUAUGUACUUCUUUAUACUUUUUUUAUAUUUUACCAAAAAAAUCUUUGUUGAAAUUCUAAUCUUAUGUUAUAUUCAUAAUUAUUAAUGGUAUUAAAAUAAAAAAUACAAUAAUUUA